UGUUAGUUUGAAUGGUACAUUUGUAGGAUAUGCUUGUUUGUUCAUUAAUGCAAAUGUCUUUAUUCGCUGAACGUGGUUGAUAUACGUUCUCUUAUCUGUGUUGGUGAUAGUGGCGGAACUUUUUCUUGUGAAUGACUAGUAGUGAGUUGCUGCAAUUACAGAUAUAGACCAGACAGGAUGUGUGUCAACUGAUUUUACAACAAUUUCCUCGAAUUUGACCCAACAUGAGUUGCCUAUAUCCGGGUCAUCGCAAUUUCUUCUUUUUUCUGCCCAUAUACACUUUACUGGUAGUAAUCACUCACGUUCGCACAGAAAAGCUAUAUAGUGAAACAGAGAAACAAAGAUAUGACGGAUGGUUUAAUAAUUUGGCCCAUCCUGAUUGGGGAAGUGUAGAUAGUCAACUCGUUAGAAAAACUCCAGCGGCCUAUUCUGAUGGGGUUUACAUGCUAGCUGGUCAAAACCGCCCGAGUCCAAGAAAACUAAGUCGACUAUUCAUGCGCGGUCGAGAUGGACUUGGGUCGCUUAGAAAUAGAACUGCAAUGUUGGCCUUUUUUGGUCAAGUAGUUACUUCGGAAAUCGUAAUGGCAAGUGAAAGUGGCUGCCCAAUUGAAAUGCAUCACAUAGAAAUAGAAAAAUGCGAUGAAGUUUAUGAUAAAGAAUGUAAAGGGGACAAGUAUAUUCCUUUCCAUCGUGCGGGAUAUGAUAGAAGAACUGGAAAAAGUCCGAACAGCCCAAGACAGCAGACUAAUCAAGUAACAAGUUGGAUUGAUGGCAGCUUUAUCUACAGUACAAGUGAACCAUGGGUCAACACUAUGAGAUCAUUUCAAAACGGAACAUUUUUAACCGACUGGACGGGAAAGAUGCCCAUUAGAAAUUCAAUGAGGGUACCUCUUUUUAACAAUCCAGUAUCAGAAGUUAUGAAAAUGCUUAGCCCAGAAAGAUUAUUUCUGCUAGGAGAUCCUCGAUCUAAUCAAAACCCGGCACUGUUGACCUUUGGUAUUCUUUUCUUCUGCUGGCACAAUGUGGUAGCUGGUAGAGUCCAAAAGCAGAAACCUGACUGGUCAGACGAGGAAGUAUUUCAACGAACAAGACAAAUCGUUGUAGCAUCUUUACAGAACAUCAUUUUUUACGAAUACCUACCAGCGUUUCUUGGCAAGGAUCUCCCCGAAUACGAAGGAUACAAGCAGGAUGUCCAUCCUGGAGUGACUCAUCAAUUUCAAAGUGCUGCCUUUCGAUUUGGUCAUUCCCUUAUACCUCCAGGACUUUACAGGCGUGACAAUAAAUGCAAUUUUAAGAAGACACCCAUGGGUCAUCUGGCUAUUCGGUUAUGUUCGACAUGGUGGGAUUCCAAUGACGUUCUUUUGGCUAGUUCUCUCGAGGAGCUAUUAUUAGGAAUGUCAUCGCAAAUAUCAGAAAGGGAAGACUCAUUCUUGUGUGCCGACGUCAGAGACAAAUUGUUUGGUCCGAUGGAGUUUUCUCGGCGAGAUUUGGGGGCAUUAAAUAUUAUGAGGGGUCGCGAUAACGGUUUGGCCGAUUACAACACAGUUCGUUCAUAUUACAAAUUGCCAAAGAAAAGAACUUGGAACGAAAUCAAUCCGAAGUUGUUCGAAGAAAAUCCGGAAAUUCUCAGACUGCUUGUGGCAGCAUAUUCCAAUAGACUAGAUAACGUUGAUGUCUACGUAGGGGGAAUGCUAGAAAGUUUCGGUGAACCUGGCGAACUGUUUUCUGCUGUUAUUGUUGAACAGUUUAUAAGACUUAGAGACGCCGAUCGAUUUUGGUUUGAAAAUAUUGAAAACGGCAUAUUUACAAGAGAAGAAAUAUCUCAGAUAAAGGAAAUCAAAUUGUGGGAUAUAAUAGUGAACAGUACAGAUAUAUUACCAACAGAUAUUCAAGAAAACGUAUUUUUUUGGAACAAUGGGGAUCCCUGUCCACAGCCUGAACAACUUAAUGCCUCUUCGUUAGAACCUUGCAAAAUGCUGAGUGGUUACGAUUAUUUUGAAGGAAACGAAGUGGUCUUCAUUUACUCUUGCCUUUUCUUAUGUUUUGUUCCAAUAUUGUGUGCUGGAGCGGGUUAUGGCGUAGUGAAGCUUCAAAACAGGCGUCGAAGACGUUUGAAAAUCAAGCAAGAGGAACUUAAAAACAAAGGCGAAGGCAAAGUAUGUCAAGAUGCAACCGUGGUACAAGAAUGGCUUCAUGCAAACCAUAAGAGACUAGUAAAAAUUAAAUUCGGACCAGACUUCAAUAUUUAUGUGGUCGACAGGAAGGGUGAAAAACUGAGAACUCUAUGUUUUAAAGGUAGUGACAGUGUAACCGUUGAGGAAUCCAUGGAAAAUGGAAGGAGUAAGAAGAAGCCGUUUUUACUUAUACAAGUUCCAAGAGAUCACGAUCUAGUGUUGCAGUUUGAUUCGAUUGGAUGCAGAAGAAAAUUUAUUACCAAAUUGGAGCAAUUUUUGACUUCUAUCAAGAGAAAUAUGGUUUUCUCACAGGUUGCAAGGGAAAUAAUUUUAGCCAAGGCGGAAACUCGAGAACGUCGUCAAAAAAAAUUAGAACACUUUUUCAGAGAAGCUUAUGCUUUAACGUUUGGUUUAAGACCAGGCGAAAGACGUAGACAGUCUGAUGGAAGCAUGGACGAUGAAGUAGUAACUGUCAUGAGAACAUCGUUGACAAAAUCAGAGUUCGCAAAUGCCCUGGGAAUGAAAGCAGAUGCUGUAUUCGUGAAAAAAAUGUUUAACAUAGUGGACAAAGACGGAGAUGGACGCAUUUGUUUUCAGGAAUUCCUUGAUACUGUUGUGCUAUUUUCUCGGGGAAGGACAGAAGAUAAAUUACGUAUAAUCUUCGAUAUGUGUGAUAAUGAUAAAAACGGAAUCAUAGAUAAAGGAGAACUAUCCGAAAUGCUGAGAUCGUUAAUAGAAAUUGCUCGAACUACAACCUUAUCCGAUGAACACGUGACCGAAUUAAUAGAUGGAAUGUUUCAGGAUGCCGGCCUUCAACAUAAAGACUUUCUAACUUACGACGAUUUUAAAGAGAUGAUGAAGGAGUAUAAGGGAGAGUUUGUUGCCAUUGGUUUAGAUUGUAAAGGAGCGAAACAAAAUUUCUUGGAUACUUCUACAAACGUGGCUAGAAUGACCAGCUUCCAAAUAGAACCUUCGGUAGACACUGAGAAGUCUUAUCUAAGGCAGAAAUGGAAUAGUGUUACUACCUUCUUGGAAGAAAAUAGGCAGAACAUAUUUUACCUCUUCAUAUUUUAUGUGAUAACUAUUGCACUUUUUGUAGAAAGAUUUAUACAUUAUUCCUUUAUGGCUGAACACACUGAUCUUCGUCAUAUUAUGGGAGUUGGGAUAGCUAUAACUCGAGGUUCAGCAGCAUCAUUAUCCUUUUGCUACAGUAUACUCUUACUGACAAUGUCUAGGAAUUUGUUAACAAAAUUGAAAGAGUUUUCUAUACAGCAAUACAUUCCUCUAGAUUCGCACAUUCAAUUUCAUAAAAUUGCAGCAUGUACAGCAUUAUUUUUCUCCCUACUGCAUACCGUUGGUCACAUUGUGAAUUUUUAUCAUGUUUCCACUCAACCUGUGGAAAACCUCAAAUGUCUUACAACUGAAGUUAGUUUUCCUUCUGAUUACAAGCCUGGGAUUUCAUUUUGGCUUUUCCAAACAAUAACUGGUAUAACGGGCAUUCUAUUAUUCAUCAUAAUGUGCAUAAUUUUUAUAUUUGCACACCCAGUAAUACGUAAGCGUGCUUAUAACUUUUUCUGGUCCACUCACAAACUAUAUAUUGCCCUCUACUUACUAUGUUUGAUUCAUGGGCUAGCCAGGUUAACUGGAGCCCCUAGGUUUUGGAUAUUCUUCAUUGGACCUGGUAUUAUAUACACAUUAGAUAAGGUUGUUAGUUUAAGAACCAAGUACAUUCCUUUAGACGUAAUAGAAACUGAACUGCUACCAUCUGAUGUAAUUAAAAUAAAAUUUUACCGUCCUCCAAAUUUGAAAUACUUAUCAGGACAAUGGGUACGCCUGGCAUGUACUGCAUUCAAGCCACGUGAAUUUCACUCGUUUACUUUAACAUCAGCGCCACAUGAAAACUUUUUAUCCUGUCACAUAAAAGCUCAAGGACCCUGGACGUGGAAACUUAGAAAUUAUUUCGACCCCUGUAAUUAUAACUUAGAAGACCAUCCAAAAAUAUUAUUAGAAGGUCCCUUUGGCGGUGGUAACCAAGAUUGGUAUAAAUUUGAGGUUGCUGUAAUGGUAGGAGGGGGUAUAGGUGUAACACCCUACGCUUCCAUACUGAAUGAUUUAGUAUUUGGUACAUCCACCAAUAGGUACUCUGGAGUUGCUUGUAAAAAAGUUUAUUUCUUGUGGAUAUGUCCUUCCCAUAAACAUUUCGAAUGGUUCAUAGACGUGCUUCGAGACGUGGAAAAAAAAGAUGUAACAAGUGUUUUAGAAAUACACAUUUUUAUUACUCAAUUUUUCCACAAGUUCGAUUUACGAACAACUAUGCUGUACAUUUGUGAAAAUCACUUUCAACGUCUUUCCAAGACAUCUCUGUUCACUGGUCUUAAGGCAGUUAAUCAUUUCGGGAGACCUGACAUGACAUCAUUUUUGAAGUUCGUUCAAAAAAAGCACAGCUAUGUAAGCAAAAUAGGAGUAUUUAGUUGUGGACCUAGACCUUUAACCAAAAGUGUGAUGUCUGCAUGUGAUGAAGUCAACAAGUGUCACAAGUAUCCGUACUUCAUCCAUCAUUUCGAAAAUUUCGGUUAACGACAAAUAAUUUUAGUUAAAAUUCUUAAAGAAAACUAAUGCUUUAUUGUAAAUACCUACCAUAUGCGACAAUUUUAUUGAUUGUGAAUUUGUAAUAAAAUAGUUCAUGUGAUAAAGUCAGCGACCAUUGUGUUUAUUAUUGUGAAAUAUUU